AUGAAUAUGGAUGGACGGACUUCAUCCAAAGUUGAGUACUCGAACUCUACGGACUUUGAUCUAUGGAUCAAAAUGGCCACGGAUAACAAGAUCAAUGCUAAAAACUCAUGGAAUUUUGCGUUGAUUGAUUAUUUCCAUGAUUUAUCCUUAUUGAAAGAUGGGGAUGGUAUCAAUUUCCAAAAAGCCUCGGCCACGCUUGAUGGGUGUGUGAAAAUUUACUCAUCGAGAGUUGAUUCUGCAGCGACGGAAAUUGGAAUUUUACUUAGUGGUUUGGCUACCCAACAACAACAACAAAGAGAUCAAUAUCUGCAGAAAUUACAUAACCUCAAUGCUACCGAACUGGAUUCAGACAGUGACGAUGAAGAAGACCCAGAGUAUGGAAGCAUAUCUAAACGAAAGACCGCGGCCAACAAACGGAAAGGCAAACAACAUUCACAAGACGUUGAGGGCACAACAGUUGGUACAUUUGAAAGUAUCCGAGCACGAAAAGUUGACUAUGAAUUACAAAUAGACCCUAUAUUCAAAAGGGCACUCUCUGACUUUGAUGAAGGUGGUGCUAAGCAUUUAUUGCUCAACAUGUUGAAUGUGGAUUCGACAGGAAGAGUGAUGUUUGAUACACAUGUGGAUACUGGUAUCAGCAGUGAUCGGGUGGAAGAUGAGGCUGUUACCAAUGAUGAUGCCAUGGAAUUAGAUAUAGAUAUAGAUGGGUUGCGUAAGAGGUUCCUUCCGGAUGAUAUGUCGGGAUUACUGAUUUGUCCCUCGAUGAAGGACAUUGAAGAGAUGUCGCGAACGUUGAAAGAAGGGAACCUUUUGGAGACUCUUGUGAGAGAGCAAGAAGAAUCAUCAUCUAAAUCCGAAAUUGACCAAUACCCUGGAUCUAUAUUUUUCGAUGAUGAAUUUGAAGACGAUGGAUAUGGUGCCGAGCGAUCUAUGAACAAUAUUACUCUACAAAGGUUCUUUGACGAGAGUAGGAUGAUAGGAGAAGAUCCACUGGUCGACGAAGUGGUCUUGGAUGUUCCAGAUUACGAACUUCUUGCAUACUUUGAUCGUACUUUGAAAAAAAAUUGGAUGAGUAGACCUCAGGUAGACAAUUGGAAAAUCACCAAUCUUAAGCAAAGAUACAACAUUGGAAAUUCGAACAAACUUGGAGAUGAGAAAGAAAAAUCUUCAACCAAGAGUAAAGGUAAAGUUAUAGUAAAUUUUUUGGAUGGACAAGAGCCUGAUGAAGAAGAACUCUUUGCUGAUUCAAAUAAUACUAACCUACCAAAACAUCAAUGGUAUACAGAUAAACUGACCAACUACAAUUUGUUACUAGAUGAUAUCCCAUUCACAUCGAAGCGACUCAUUCGACUUUUCACAAAACCUGAUGUGAUAUUGAGGACGUUUAAUAAAAGAACUAAAGUACCCAAGAGUGAUGGAUAUACCAUUAAGAGGGACGAAAAGGAGGAAGAAGAUGUCCCAGCAGAUCAAGAGUACUGGUCUCAAAAAUAUCAAGAACAAAGUCGAUUAGAAGGUAUACUUAGGGAGGAUAUACUGGAGUUGCAACAAUCAUAUCAUCAGUCGUUUUUUGAGGAUGAUAUAGGUGACGAAGAUGAUAUUGAUGGAGUGAAUUUUUUCGAUCCAAUGGGUGAUAAUUUAGACUCCAUCGGCGGGUAUGGAUCACAGUUACUUCUGGCUAAGUAUCCAAUCCGCCCCAAAUAUAUUAACUUCUCAAGAGUUGCCAAACGGGUAGAUGUGAAGUUAUUAAAGGACAAUCUCUGGGAAUGUCUCGAAACCUCAGCUCCUCCAACGGCUAGCCUCAGUACUACGGUACGGGAACUUACAACAACAAAGUACAAGCCAGAUCAAGCCAACGAAUUGUCGACCAGUUUCUGUUUUAUAUGUUUAUUGCAUUUGGCCAAUGAACAUAGCUUGGACUUACAGGGAAAUAAAGACUCAUCGGAUGUGAGUAUUAAAAUAGCAAACUUGUAA